AUGCGCUCUUCAGUGAGCUACAUUUUAUCUCACGCGCCUGGAGAAUCUGUAAUGUCUCAUCCAGACUAUGGCCAACAUGCCCAGCACCAUGCUUGCCUCCUGGUGCUGGUGAAAGGUAUAGGUGGCAUGUUGAAAAACUUCAACAAACUGUGGGAAAGGAUUCAAAAAGUAAACAACAUAAAAGUCACUGAUUCUUCUGGACAAGUUCGAGAUAUUUGGGUUAGAUAUGUUAGAGACUAUCCUGUAGAAAAUAAUGACUGGGGAGACUUCCAGACUCACCGGCGUCUUUUGGGACUGAUCACGUUAAGUAAAUUUACAAAUCAAAUUGAACUGAAUGAAGUUUGUCGUGUACAUGAAUCUUUGAAGGUGAAAUAUUCCAAUACUCUUUAUGAUUCGAGGGCAUUCAUGUUUGGUCCAAUAAGCAAAAAACCAGAACAAGAGCCAGAAACCUAUAGUGUAUUUGAAGAUGACAAAACCUCAAAGGAAAACAGCAGUCUGGGAGAAAAAUUCUCACUACCUAGUGAUCAAGCUGACAGUCUUUCAUCUGCUGAAAGUUACCCUCAUUCAGCAUCAUCUUCAACAUCUUUACCUGUACAAGAAGAGAAUUUUACAACACCAUCUAAUUUUAAAACACAUGCUAUGUUCUAUAGUGAAAAUGAUCCAGUGCCAGAUUUAGAACAGAAUGUAGCAGAUUUGAUUAAUUCUCUUUUUUGGGUUGUUGAAUCCAAAAGAUUGGAAAGAUCCAGGGAAAAAAUAGAGAAAGUGUCUUUAUUAUUAGCACCUUUUGAGAAAAAAGAUUUUGUAGGUCUAGACAUGGAGUCGCGAAAUAAUAAGAAACGUUGUAUGGGACGAGUCACCAAAAACCUUGCAGACUUAACUCUACAAUCUGGCCUAAUUGCAGAUAGUCUAAACCUAUAUCAUAAUGCCGCGGAGAUACUCAAAUCUGUCAACGACUGGUUAUGGUUGGCGGCAGCUAAAGAAGGGUUAUGUGCUGCAUCAGCAAUUCUCCUGUAUCCUAAUUUACGCAAUCCUACUCCUUUACAAAGAAAUGCCAGUUUACAAGAGAGUUCACCAAAUAAAACUAAAUCUCUGUCAUUAUUUCAACCCAAUAUUGAUCCCUUUAGGAAAUACAAACUCACAUCAUCACCACUGAGAUCUUCUAAAACUUCUAGUCCAGUUAAUCCUCCCAGCGAACUGACUCCUUCGUCGUCCGAAAGUCUAGAGACUUCGUCACGACAAUCGGAGACUGAUAAUGCUGACACAGAGUCUUUGGCGUCUUCCAGUGACAUCGAAUACCAAAGUCAAAAAUCCUUUUACAUGUCCGAUCACCCCUCUAUCCCCAGACAACCAUCUCAAAUUAACAAUCAAUACUUGUUGAACGGCGAAGAGAUCGCUGAAAAGUAUCGUAAAGCGAUCAUCCAUUAUAGUAAAUACCAGAAUGCUGGUAUAAUUGAGACCGAAGCUUGUUUCAAAGCUGCUAGAAUAGCUGUAGAGCAAAAUAAUAGUCUUCACGCAUCAAGCUUCCUUCAAAACGUCAUAUUCAUUAACCUCACUUUGAGCGAACAAGAGAAAAUUCAGAGGUUCGACACACUGGCUGAACUUUACAAAGAAAUAGGUUUCUUACGGAAAGCGGCGUUUUGUCAACGUUUGGCGGCCACACGUCAAGUGAGCCCCAACAACCCUAACCCCGACUGGCAGCGGUGCUACUAUCUCAUGCUGCACAGCUUUCCUGGCCACAGACUCAGUCUCGAUCCAAAUUAUGUUAUUCAACAUCAAGUUGGUUGGCCGGCGUUGCAAAUCCAGCUACUGCAAGAGAUAGUUGUAGCCGCGCGGAGGAUGGGUCACCCGGCGCUGGCCACCAGGCAUAUGACCUUUUUGUUACAGACCAUGUGGCCUCACCUCUCGCGACAGGAGCACAGAGACUUGGCCAUACAACUACAGGCGUUAUCAGCCCAAUGCGAGGGAGGGCCCGUGCCGUUAGUGUUAGAGACGGGCGAGGUGAUCCCCCCCGCUAACUUGACGCAUGUGCCGCGCUGCACCUCCUUCCUGCCGCGCCCGCCCCCUGCGCCCCGCGCCCCGCACCCACUCAACGCCAAACCCAAUCAGGGGCCCUUUAUAUUCACGCCCAUACACUUUGGCAGCCUCGAACGAAAGGCCAACAAAGACGAGGGGAAAAUGGAGUAUCUCUGGGUGGAAGAUGAUAUCUGCGAAGUCCAAAUGAAGCUUACGAAUCCACUACCAUUUGAACUUAAAGUUUCGAAUAUGAGACUUCUCACAUCCGGCGUGGUAUUCGAAUCGAUACCGGAAACUAUAAUAUUGCCUCCAGACUCUCCUACGACCGUCAACCUGCACGGGACACCAAAAGAAGUGGGUGAAUUACAAAUAUUAGGGUAUUCCACUCACACUUUAGGUGUCAAAUCGAAUUGCAGACUGAAGAAUAUGCCAACACCAAAUAAAUUUCUACCUUCAUAUACAAUCGAAGUCAUUCCCAGCUUACCAACUAUAACUAUAGAGACUAUAGUGGCGCCCUCGGGCAGUGUUAGCUUGUCGAGUUUAGAGAAUGUUGGUAGCACAACAAACAUUACUCUUUACAAUGGAGAAAGCACAGAAUGCAGUAUGAAGAUAACUAACACUAGUAAUGUUCCUAUAGAAUAUUUGGAUAUAGCUAUUCAAUCUAACAUGGACAAUCUACUGCAAUCUAAAGUUUUCCAAUUCUCCAAUGAAGAUAUCCAAGCUCAAUUACCAAUCUCUCCCAAUGCUACAGCCACAGUAAACAUGAAGUUGUAUGGAGAAGCGGAUUUUCUGGACCUUGGUGGUGUUGGGGGUGAAAACCUGUUUCCCAACAGCUUGACCUCAAACUACCCAUCUAGAGUUGGAUCACCGGUACCCAAUGUUCAGUCUUCGCUGCCAACACAGAGUUCAAAUGCUCAAACAUCGCUCAGUAGCGGCUUGAUACCUAAUAGAACUUCUGGAAGUUUUAGAUCAACCAAUUCGCACACAACAAGUUGGUCUGCUCCUAUAUCUGUCAUGCCGCCAUCUAGAGGACGGCAAGUGGAAACACAAGUCAUUAUACGGUACUCUGGUGGAACGGGCAAGGAGGUACAUUGUAGACAAUCGACACUUCAAAUUAACCUAGAACUAUUACCUAGCGUGUCCAUUACGCAUUGGGAUGUGUUGCCAGCUGAAAUCCCAUCUCAGCUAUACCUAGUUCUCGACGUGACAAACCUUACGUCAGAGGAGAUGGACUUCCACUACACGCCAACAAAGCAUAUCCUAAUUGAAAGUAAGGAAUCGUGCCGAGUGCCGGUACCACUAGACAGAUGUCCCUUUAAUGCCACCACUAAAACUAAUGAAGACAACUCACAAGACACAAUUGAAUGCAAGUCGAUAGGAACCGGGUCAUCAAUGAGCGGUCUGGAGGCGAUGUGUUCUGAACACGUGACCCAGCAUGUGGAUUUACAGUGGCAUUUAUUACACUCUGACGUAAGGGGACGGGCAUCGGUCAAAGGCAUCACGCUUUCCCAAACCAUGAUGGAUAUCGUCAGAAUGUCGCCUCUCAACUGGGAGGUCAGCGUGAACAAUCAAUGCAUCAAGCCGCAGGAGGAGUUCAGUUGUUCGGCGGGCGAGUGCCUGUCACUGGGUGUGGGCGUGUGGAAUCAUUUGAGGCGGCCGUUGCGGCACCUCUGUCUAUCUGUCCAAUUUUAUCAAGACUACAACAACGGCGUGCACAGUUAUAAGCUCGACAAUAGACUCGCCACGGCCGGUAACAAUAAGGUCGUAUUGCCAUCAUUACCGGAGUCCGCUAAAGCGUAUCACGAAUGUACAGUCGUUUUCCUCACUCCUGGAGAAUACAAAAUUGACAUACAGUGUUCAACAACCGAACCAGUGCUGGAAGAUACUUCUGUCUUAAGGGAUACGGAUCAACAAUCUUCAAUACAACCAUGUGCAGGUGAAGUCAGCCAUAUAUGGAGAUUCAUACCUCCAGUUGCUAUAAGUGUAACAGAUUAA